CGCCCUCCUCCCUCCUCCUCCUCCCCUCAGCGACGGCGACAAAAGCCGGCUUCGCCUGAGGUGAACGAAGAAAGGCGGAGGUGGGGCUCGAGCGCCGCUGAGGGAAAAGCGGACGGUUUCAGUUCAGUCAGUCGCGGCGGCGGCUCUCGCUGCUGCUACUGCCGCCGCCGCCGAGCUCGCUCCUGCCCAAGACCGCUCGCCCGCCGCCUCAGCCGCCGCUUCCUGCUCGGCCACACGAUGCCGCGGGUCGUCCCGGACCAGCGCAGCAAGUUCGAGAACGAGGAGUUCUUCAGGAAGCUGAGCCGAGAGUGCGAGAUUAAAUACACUGGCUUCAGGGACAGACCACAUGAAGAAGACAGGCCAGGUUUCAGGAAUGCGUGCCGAGAUGGACGAUCUGAGAUAGCUUUUGUGGCCACAGGAACAAUCUGUCUCUCCAGUUUUUCCGGCCGCUGGCAAGGGGAGCAACGGCAGACACCAACCCGAGAGUACGUUGACUUUGAAAGAGAGGGAGGCAAGGUCUACCUAAAAGCGCCUAUGAUUCUUAAUGGUGUUUGUGUUAUUUGGAAAGGCUGGAUAGAUCUCCAAAGACUAGAUGGCAUGGGCUGCUUAGAAUUUGAUGAAGAACGGGCACAGCAGGAAGAUGCAUUGGCACAGCAGGCUUUUGAAGAAGCUCGGAGAAGAACUCGUGAAUUCGAGGACAGAGACAGGUCUCAUCGGGAAGAAAUGGAGGUGAGAGUUUCACAGCUGCUGUCAGUUACUGGCAAGAAGGCAACAAGACCCUAGUCCUGGCUCAACCCUAGGAGGUGGCGAUGAUCUCAAACUGCGUUAAGUGAACAACGGCUGUGCCAUGAUGGAAUUGAUGGCAAAUGAUGGAAUUAAAAGACCAGAAACUGUGAUAAUUGGGUAUAUACUAUAGUCUAUUCCCUGACCUGCGGCAACCAAACUAUCAUGUCCCGCCAUGGUUUGCACUAUGUUUGUGUUGUAUUAUCUGCAUUUCUUUUCUUUAAGCAUGUUGCCAAUGGGAAUUUGAAAUUCUUGUUUCUCUAUGCAAGCUUAUAAUUUUGUUGGCACUAUUUUAGUGACAAGAACAAUUAAUGCAGCUAUAAAAACAAUUCCUCAACUGUAAUAUUCAUUCAUUUCAGAAUAGGUCAAACGUUGCAGAAUAAAGUUUUUUGUGACUUUUUUAAAAAACAAAAACUUUCAAAAUAAUUUUUAUAUGGGCUUUUGGAAGUUUGUCAUAGUGUUCUUGCUUUUACACACAUAUUCUUUGUGGUAUUGUCUUUUUAUGCACUUUCUCUUCUCUUUCAACACAUUUUAUUAUUUUUACAUUAUGCAGCCUAGACCAAGUAACAGUGUUGUCAAUUGAUUUACUGAAUUACAUGUUUAUAAACUUAAAAAAAACCACACUCUAAUACACCAUGAAAGAUUGUUAACUUAAAGCUAAUGUUUUAGAUGGCAAAAUGUCUAAAUGAGAUUUUAAUCUGUCCUCACGUUCUGUUGUAGAUUCUGUCCUGCAGUUACUAGUUGUAGUUAAUGUAGUUCAGAUAACCUGCUGAAACUCAUUGGAACUCAUUGCAGUAUGGCUCUUCAGGGACUCUGUAAAAAUCUGAAAUGGGAUACUCCAUCUUUCUGAUUACAUUUGACAUUAGUCUAUGAUGGCUGAGGGUGAAGCUGAUAUCUUGAAUACAAUCAUGUUGAAAGUAGCUGCUUAACUCUUUUUGUAUCCUAUUCUUUAGCUUAGAUUAAAAUAUGAAUUGAGACGUUUGAAUUGUAUGCAAAACAGUCUCAUAUUGGCCCAAAGUUGCCUUUGGUGUUUGCUUUUUUGUUUGUUUUGUUUUGUUAUACUUUCCAGUAGCGUAAGAUUUGGAGAAAAUAAUUAUUAAGGAUUGUUCACUUUUGCACUUCAGUCCCUGAUUUUUUCUAUUAUAUUACUCAAGAGUACUGUUUACCAAAUCUUGUGUCAAACCAGUUUUGUUUCUCCAUUUGUUAUGUGGCGUGAACAUCAAUCUAAUCUAAAUUAUCAUUUUAGACUUUAAACCACAACAUUCAUUUUCUGUGUUAAUAUGAGUAGAAUGCAACAUUCCUUGUUAAUGCUGGUAGUUGAACUUAUAACAAUUACAAAUAUCUGAACAACUUCCCUGGAUAUGACAACUCUGAAUCUUUUUAAAUACUCUUACAGUCAUCCAUAGGCACUGUCCCAAACAGAUCCAUUAAAUAGAAAUAAGUUGCUCAUGUUAAUAUUUUUUCCAUGCACAUUUUCCUUAUCCAGUGAAGAAAGAAUGGUCCAAAAAGUAGUUUUCUGUUGCUGUUCCAUUUUUGUCAGGGAUGUUCCUUUUCUUUGUAUUUCAAAUAGUAUGGUGUUUCCUGAUUACUUCUGAUAGUAGUUUCAAAUCAUGAGUAUACAAAUUAUCCUAUUGCAUAUAAACCUUCGCUGUCUGUGUGUAAAUAACCUUUCCCCCCUAUUAUCUAGAAUUUGGCUACUUAAUGGCCAUGUUUGAAUGAUCAUAUCUCAGCUUAAUAGCCCAAUAUAAAAAUAGAUGUUUUGCUCAUGCACACAGCCCCUUUGCUCCUCUUUUUGCAGUAAUGGAUAUCAAACCAGGAAGAUUUUAGUUAACCAUCAUCUCCCUGUUUGCCCAAACCAGGAAAUGAUAGUUACAGGUUUCAUGGUUUUACUACCUGCAUCAUCAAGGGAGGAACAAAGGUGCUGUGUGCCCAGGCAAUAGACUCAUUCACAUAUUGACUUGUUGAGCCAAGAUAGUUGUCCAAACUGGGCCACUAUGUCUUAAUGCUGGCAUUAAGAUCACAAGCCCUCUCCCUGUGCUAGCUAGUGCAGACCUGCUAAACUUAAAAACUUUAAGUUAUUGAUGCAAUUUGAUAUUUUUUCAUAAUUUCUAUUUAAACAAGAGUUGCAUCAUCUUCAAACUCAUCUCUUUAAGAGUUGCCUUAAGCUUCAAGAUUGCUUUUGCUAUCUUUUUGUGCUAUGUUAACCUUACGUUUAUAAUAAACAUAUGUGAGUGAAACAAAGUGGUUGUAAAUAACUUUGUAACAUGUAACUGUCAAGUGCUGAUACGUGCCAUUGUAUGCUUAGAGAUAAAGGACAGUUCGGCAAAUA